AUGAUCAAUGUAUUGAUGGCCAUCGGACUUAGUGUUGACUACAGUGCACAUGUCUGCUACCACUACCAUCUUGGGCAAAGAGAUGGCCUUUUGUUGAAUGCAAAAGAGCGAAUUACGAAAAUUUUACGAGCAGUUGGAAGACCAAUGGCCGAGGCAUCGCUAUCGACAUUGAUAUGCAUGUUACCACUAUUUUUUGUGCCUGUCUACAUCAUCGUGGCAUUUGCGAAAACAGUCUGCCUUGUCUCAUUACUUGGUUUAUUCCAUGGCAUUGUCAUUAUCCCAGUGUGCCUAUCGUUCCUUAUUCGGACUAAGCACAUCCCAAUCGAUACUCUUGUACUAAGUGAACAAAAGGAGACUAUGCUGAAAUGA